GAGGACGGGGCCCAGUCGAGCAGGUCCAUCCACGCUUGCGCGACCUCGUCGGCGAGCUGCGUCCAGUCGGCGCGGAACGAGGCGCUGUCGCGCUCCCACUCGUCGACGUCGGCGGCCGAAAAGGUGAUGCCCGAGUCGGGGGCGGGGACGGGGAGCGCAAGGGCGUCGUCGAGUACGAGCGAGAGGGUGCGAGGGUACGACUCGAGGGCGAGGAAGGUGAGGUGGGCGGCUCGGGCGGGGACGGAGCGGGUCGAGCCAUUGGACGAGGACGAGGCGAGGCUGUUGAGCCACAGGCCGACAUGGUCUGCGCCGUACUCCUCGAGCAAGACGCCCGUCUGCACCGCCACGCCGGCGAGUGCGACAAGGGCAGCGAGGCGCGAGAGCGGCAGGUGGACGAGUUGGACGAGCGCUUGCGGCACGCCGACCGCGCCGAGCACGCGCUGCAGGAGCGCGAGGGGCACGGUGACGGCCAUCGAGAGCAGUGCGACGAUCAAGGCGACCCAGGACG